CACGAGCACCUCCGGCCUGGUCGUCUACCUGGGGCGGCAGAAUCAGGAGGGCAGCAACUCCAACGAGGUUUCCAGGACUGUCUCUCGGAUCAUCACGCAUCCCAAUUACAACAGCGACACCAGCGAUAAUGACAUCGCCCUCCUCCGCCUCUCCUCCUCCGUCACCUUCAAUAACUUCAUCCGCCCCAUCUGCCUGGCAGCAGCCGGCAGCACCUUCAACCGGGGCACCACCAGCUGGGUGACAGGCUGGGGCACCAUCAGAGAAGGAGUGUCCCUCCCCUCCCCACAGACCCUUCAGGAAGUGGAUGUGCCGGUGACGGGGAACAGGAACUGUUUCUGCAAGUACAACCCGUCAGACAUCACAAUCACUGACAACAUGAUCUGUGCCGGGAGGGACCAGGGCGGCAAGGACUCCUGCCAGGGCGAUUCUGGCGGUCCGAUGGUGAGUAAGCAGGGUUCUGUGUGGGUCCAGGCGGGUGUCGUGAGCUUCGGUAUCGGCUGCGCCCAGGCCCAGUUCCCAGGAGUGUAUGCACGCGUCUCUCAGUACCAGAGCUGGAUCAACACCCAGAUCACCAGCGACCAGCCGGGCUUCGUCACCUUCACCUCCACCGGGACAGACGCAGACCUGAGUGCCACCUGCACCGGCCUGCCUGCUGUCACCACCACCACCCCCGCCACCACCACACCGCCACGUAAGUCACAAUCCCUCUCUCCCCCGGCAGCGGUGGUGUGUGGACGGGCCCCUCUGAACUCUCGUCUGAUUGGUGGAUCAGACGUGUCGGCGGGGGUGUGGCCGUGGCUGGCCAGCCUGCACCUGAACGGGACACACACCUGCGGAGGAACUCUUGUGUCCGAGACGCUCGUGCUCACCUCAGCCAACUGCUUCUCCAGCACGCCUUCUGAUUGGACGGUGUUCCUGGGCCGCCUGCGACAGAACGGUUCCAACUCCAAUGAGGAGUCUGUGGGUGUGGCCAACAUCACGCUGAGCAGCCUAUCAGGCGAGAACGUGGCCAUGGUGCAGUUGACCAGGAAGUCCACCCUCUCCAACUUCAUUCAGCCAGUCUGCGUGGAACAGAACGCCGGCACCAUCGCCACGGGAACCACCUGCUGGGUCGCAGGCUGGGGCAACGCACAGGCUGGAGGUGAGCAGCCCCUUCAGGAGGUGCAGACAUCAGUGGUUGCCUGUGGCAACGCAUCCUCCUCUGCUGAUGACAUCUGCACCAACACUCUUCAAUUACAGCAGGGUGAUAUGGGAGGUCCCCUCAUGUGUAAACAGGGCGUGUCAUGGUUCCAGGUUUCAGUGAUCGCUGUGAACUCCUCCUCCUCCCCGUCCAACUCCACCUCCAACUCCACCUCCAGAGCCGCCAGCCAAUCAGAUCGCUCCUCAGUGCAGGUCUUCAGUCGGACGUCUCGGUUCAGCACCUUCCUGUCAAACUUCUCCUUCCCUGCGACCUUCACCUCCGCCACCACUAAAACGCAAGCCUUGGUGGCAGAGCAAAUGGCAGAAUUUAGGAGCGAAAUGGUGGCCAUGCGGGCUGACACUUCAAAGUGUAUGGAAGUCAUGAAGACAAGUGAAAACCGCCUGGGUGAGGUGGAUAGCCGCCUCUCUGCAUCUGUAAGCAAGCUAACUGCCCUAUGUGCCAGUCUGGAGGACAAGCUGUUGCGUUUCACAGACAGAGAUAGGAUCCUAGGCGCCGCACGGAAAACAACGGUGGAGGUGGAUGGAGUGGCUGUUCGCUUUGCUCCAGACUACAGCACACAAACUUUCAGACGCAGGCUAGCCUUCUCGAACUCCAUGGAUACUUUGCAGCGAAUGGGCUUUCGACCUUUCUCCUUUACCCUGCCAGGCUGA